GGACACUCUCAAUGGGGAACAGCCAGCUGGCAGGGACGGUCAACAAGGGAAACACAACCACAAUACAUAAUUCAUAGUGGGAGGAACAAGAGGAAGACCACCUCCAUCCAAACAUCAUACUACUUCCCGUCUAUCUAUCCAUCCACCCUUUCCACUAUACAUCAUAUCCCUUUCCCUCCCUUCUUGUAACCUCAGCAGAUUAACUAGAACAGGAACGAGAUGACUGAACCCAAAACAGCCUCCGACCAGGAAUCAUCGAUCGAUCGUCCCGGCCCGGUCUCAUCCUCCUCCGCCGGUCGAUUGGAAAACCUCCUCGGUUCACCAUAUUGGCCAUUAGGCUCCUCUUUCCUCAAGUUACUCAACUUCCCUCCCGCCUUUCGCACUAUCUCCUGCCUCAGCGGCAGUGCUUCCACACCCCUAGCAAUCGAAACCAACCCAAAGGAUGACUGCCCCAAAUCGCCCAAAGAAGAUCAGCCGGUCCCACAUGAGCCUGACCAGAUGGAGGUUGAUCUAGAUGGCUCUCCCAUCGAAAGUGAUGAUGGCUGCUCUCAAAGAGGGGAUGAACGUCUGGUUGCUCAUCAGGAUGAGGACGAGGAUGAUGAUCACACCUUGGAGGAGUUAUUGGUUAAGCCUACCUCGACUGAGAACAGAAGGCACCCGACAUCGGCCAGAAAACCUUCGCUAUCUGACCGGCUCACCGAACCUUCGACUUGGAAACAUGGCUCUGAUCGUCAUAGGUCGUCUCGAGAAUAUGAUUACCGACCAACUGGAAGGCUUCCUUUUGCUUCAAUCCCACGAAAUACUAAUUUCCACAUAAAAGGCUUAGCUAGUCUCAAACGAACCGGCCAACAAGUCUCUGAACCCUUCAGGACCUCGUCAAAUCUCAUCGAAUGUAACACUAAGCUUCACCCUUGGGGCAGCAAGCGUCCCAAUCCAACUUCCUCCGGCGCCCAACCCUCUUACCACUACAACAAACGUUCUCGUCUGUCGGAACCUUCACAGAAACCAAGUGAGUCCAAGAAAUGGGUCCGUGAUCGUUAUCAGGAAAGCGACGAGGAGUAUGACCAUCGUCGAGUGUCUGAAGAGAUUAAUUCACAGCGUUACCAUUGGCCCAAGUCGCACCAAAAGACUGAGUAUUACAAACACAAAAGGCUAGAUUCUCCCGUCUCUCACGCCUCCGAACCCCAAGACCGGGCUAGUAGUACGGCUGGUUGGAAGAAGUACGACGAUAAGACGGGAUUUACCAACCCGAAAAGCCAAAAUACCUCCCAAGACUUCCAUGAUGAGGUUGAGGAUCGAGAAAGGCGGUGGAUGCAAGAGUUCAAAGAAUAUGAAGUUUCUCGCACUGCUCAUACUCGUUCGGUCUCUCCAUUCCCCUCUUCUCACCGACGUUCCCCAUCGAGGCACUCCUCAGAAUCAGAUAGUGACUACUACGCGCUAACCCAAAUACCACCAGAGUUGAAGGAAGCACUCCACCGUGCAGUAUUCUCAUGGAUCAAUCGAGCCAUAGCUGAAGCACUCUGUAGAUUAGGGCUAUGGCUCGAAGAAAAGAAGAUCUGGUCGCCAACCGAAUGGGGAAGUAUUAGGGUAGAUCAACUCGAAAAAGUUGUCAACAUGACCUACGAUCGAGGGCUAUCUUACUUGAUGUGGAAGUGUAACACCGUCGAGUUCAUGGAUUUGUUACAAAAGCCCAUCCAGUCCGGGAUUUUUUUUAUCCACAAAGAUCCUCAGAACGACGCUUGGUAUAUCAGAUUCGGUAGAGAUUUCACUCCAAUUGGGCUAUUAUACCGACCCAUAGUCAAAGGCUAUCGUAAGCACCUAACCGAUUCUAAAAGUCAACUACCAAUACAGGUCGGCAAGUUUGUACGACAAUAUAUCAUGUCCUGUCCCAAUGAAGAGGACUUGCUUUACUUGUUCAAGGAUGACAAAGACCCAAUGGGAAGUCUAAGACGAGCUGAAAAAGAUGGAAUCAUUGAACUGACUGAUCAGCCACCAUCUCAUGGGUCGAUCGGUAACCGUGAUGGUUUAUACGGCAACAGGACAUGGUACAAUAAGACUGCAGUUGAGAACAAAUACAUCCAGUUGAAGCCGUAUUGGUUAUCGAACAAAGACCCCGUUGAUCAACCGCUACUAUCGUCGCCGACCACAACAGUUCAGACUUGCGACACCGCUCCCAAUGAUGAUGAUGACUUGCCAUCGAACUCGGCAAGCAAGAAUAUCAAGCAGAAGGUGUCAAAUCUGAUGGAGAACCAUCAAGGCGACAAUCAGCUCCCAGCGAUUGAUCGAAGGAACUCUGAUAACACGUCUCUGUCUGCAAAUACUACGAGUACCACCACUGACACUGGGAACGAACAGCUUGACCACGCCCCAGUCGGUCAUGAAAGAGAACGCACUCGUUCGCACAGAUCCGCGGCUGAGAUUGAAACUGUCAAGCCGAAAAGCUCUCACUCUCCUAAUGUGGACGACUUGAUCCAAUCGGUCGUUGAUCAGCUAAAUCAGCAUACUUCAAGACAGAAAAGAUACUGACCUGUAAGAAAGCAAGAAUUUAGUUACCCUGAUAAUCUGCGGAGAGUUAGUCGCAUUGCGUCUCCGUUUUGGUUUGGCUUUUCUUUUCUUCUCUCUCUCUCCUUUCUUUCGGCUCUAUUUACGUUCUGCCAUCAUCGCUUAUACAAAGCCAUAAAAAAAACCGAAUGUUUUACAAAAAAAUUAAUUGACAUCUAUUACACAAAAUAAAAUCAAAGAGAAAAAAAUUUUAACUUAUCCAUGGGCUCUCAUCAAAGUACAUUCCAAAUUUGAUCUCGUCUUCACCCACCGAGUUCUUUUUUUUUCUUUUUAUUCAAUUGACAUGGUUUUUUUUUUCUCUACAAAUUUCUAACCUCUCAAAAAAAACUUACCAACACAGUCCUGUUUCUUUUGAAAUCAACAUUUGGUUUGUGAUGUGUGUCUUGUUAUGAAGAAAUGAUUGUAUGAAAUUCAAAUUGCAUGUGUGAUCCUGUUUGCUUUUUUUUCUGGCUGUGGGUCGGUUGCAACAAAACAAAAUAUUAUCAGG